AUGAAGGUGAGUGAUGGUUCAAAGGAAGUAGUAUGUCGGGAGAGAAAGUUGUCGAGUGAAUCUCGAACCAGUAGUGAGUCCUUUUCGUUUUUACGGCGGAGCAAUUCCUCGAGAUCUUUGCUGGAUGAUAUCUUGAGUUCAUCAAGUAGCACAAGUGUGAAAAAGAAUCUAAAGUCUGUGAAGAAGAUGGCUCCAUUUCUGAACUAUAAGGACCUAGGAGAAAGUAUAGGUGCGAUAACUUACCCGUACUCGAUGGCUCCUUGGGUUCCUAACCUUUUAGAAGUUGAUAACUCUGGAAUCAAGCUCGAUUCAGAUCUGGAGAGAGUCAUGGGAGUGAUGAGGGAAGGUGUGGUUUUGAAGAAAGUGACCAGGAAAAAACAAAGAGAGUACAUGUUUAAACUAGAGAAGAAUAAGUAUAUUACGUGGAAAGAUGGUCUCAAGAAACUUAACCUAGACUCAAUCAAGAGCAUACGGCCCGGUGAACUCGGAAGCAACUACAGGGAAGAGUAUAAUGUCGAUGCAAGUUACAGCAAGUACUGGGUAACCAUCAUUUACAAAGUGUCCAACAAGUUGAAGGCGCUCCAUGUCAUUGCUAGGGAUGAGAGCGACUAUAACGUAUUCUGUUCGUUGGUUUUUGGGCUAGUGAGGACCAGGAGAGAGUUGAUGGAGAGUCUGGCGGUUCCGGACCACGACAAGUUUGCCGACAUACAUUGGAACCGGGCGUUAUCACGCAAUCCUGAUGAGAAAGCUGAGGAGGUGCUGGGAUUUGAAGAUGUACGGCAAAUGUGCCAGCGGUUCCACAUAUACUGCUCUGCGGGAUACCUUAGGCGAUUCUUCGAUGCUGCAGAUACCAACAAUAGUGGGACACUGAGUUUUGAAGAAUUCCAAGUGUUUGUAAAAUUAUUGAAAGCACGCAAAGAGAUCGAUGAUGUAUGGCAAGAAGCGGUUGGUUUACACGAAGACAAGCUGACUUUUGAUACUUUCUACAAGUUUCUAACCGAGAUCCAACGAGAGAGGAUGGAUGAAGAUGAGGCACGACACCUGUACGAGCGGUAUGAGACUGCUGGUGGAGGCAUCAACAAGCAAGGGUUUGAGAAGUACCUCACUACCUCCCCGUACAUGCUACCCAACAAUGAGGACUACAGUAGGCCUAUGAACCAGUAUUACAUAGCGUCCUCGCAUAACACAUAUCUCACUGGCAAGCAAAUAGGUGGGGCACCAUCAGUAGAGGGGUAUAUACAGGCAUUACAGCAAGGGUGUCGCAGUGUUGAGAUUGAUAUGUGGGACGGCGAGAGCAGUCCCGUUGUGUGCCAUGGGGUGCUAACCUCUGCGUUGCCGCUGAGUUCCGUGACGCAGAUCAUUCGCAAGUACGCGUUCAUCACCUCGCCUUACCCGCUGAUAAUCUCCAUGGAAGUGCGAUGCAACAGCAAGAACCAGAGGAUCGCAGCGAGUAUAUUCAAGGACACAUUUGGGGAUUUGCUAUAUACGUGCGAGGACCGCAGCGAGCUGCCCUCGCCCUUGGAGCUGCGGCACCGCAUACUGUUGAAGAUCAAGAAGACCAAGACUGUCAUUGGCGACUGCCACAGCGACAAGUCUAUGAAUGUAGUGGUGUCGUCGUCGUCGUCUUCGCGGUCAUCCUAUGACGAGAGCACUGCUAUGACAAAGACGGGCUCGCGGAUUCGGCGGCUGAGCUUCAGCAAGCGGCAGGUAGCGAUUGUGGACGAGCUGUACGAGCUAGCGGGCCUCCGGGGCGUGAAGUUCCGGAACUUCUCCCUGCCGGAGUCCAAGACGCUAUACCACUGCUUCUCGCUGGACGAGCGGCGGCUCGACAAGAUGCUCGGGGACGCGCAGGUAGCCGCGGCAGUGGACAAGCACAACCGCCGGCACAUGAUGCGGGUGUACCCGCACGCGCUGCGGUACCGCUCGACCAACUUCGAGGACCCCGUGCGGUUCUGGCGGCUGGGCGUGCAGAUGGUGGCCACGAACUGGCAGACGAACGACGUGGGCCACCAGCUCAACGUGGCGAUGUUCCAGCUGAACACGCGGAACCAGCAGCAGAUGCCCUCUGGCUACGUGCUGAAACCGGGCUGGCUUGCGCGCCCGCCGAGCAAGCGGAGGCGCGAGCGUUGUGGUGCGGUGCUGCGCGUCACAUUCGAAGUGAUCAGCGCACAGUUGCUCCCCAACCUGUCUGAGAGCACGGAGACGAAGAGCCAGGCGGCUAGUAUCGGUGCCGCCGAGACGGAGGACCCGUACUACACGCAGGUCACAUGCGAGAUGUUCAGCUGUGGCAGCACAGUGGAGAAGAGCAGCAAGUGCCACGAGAACGGGUUCAGUCCCGUGUGGCGGAGUGCGCUGUCGCAGGACGUGCGGCGGGAUGAGUACCCGUUCGUGUUUGUGCGCGUUGUUGUGAGGCGGUGCGAAGAGGUUGUUGCCACGACGUGUGUGCGCGUGUGCCAGCUGCGCGAGGGCUACAGACACAUCCCGCUGUGCAGCCCCGACGGCGAGCAGUACGUGUUUUCCACGCUUUUCGUGCGCUACCGCGUCACCGUGUAA